CAAUGAAACGUUGACGUGUAUUUUGUUGGUAGUCUGGAAAUCAGCCGGUUGUCAAAGCCGCCAGUUGGACAUAAGUUAACUACAAAUUGAACAAUUUAUUUAAUUUAUUUUAGCAGUGGGUGACUUCGCAAGUGUGUGACUAUGUCUGGAGAAAUUUCUAUGAUUGGUUCUGUGAUCCUGGCCCUGUUCCUGGCUGGCUACCUGGGCCAGCAGUACCUACCGCCCCCCAAACCCAAAGUGAUCGGCCUGGAUCUGGGCACCACCUUCUGCUCUGUCGGCGUCUUCCAUCCGGGCAGCGGGGAGGUGGAGGUGAUAGCUGAUGAGGAGGGCAGGAAGAGCAUCCCCAGCGCCGUCUCGUUCACCACCACCGAGGUGCUUGCUGGACAUGAAGCCGUGGAGCUGACUGACAGCAACCCUCAAAACACCAUCUACGAUGCCAAGAGGUUCAUCGGGAAGAUAUUUGAGCCAGAAGUCCUGGAGCAGGAGAGUGCUCGGUACCCGUUUAAGGUGAUUAACAACAACGGAAGUGCAGAGUUUGAGAUCUCCACCAACCACACCUUCACUGUGAGCCCGGAGUUCAUCGGCUCUAGGCUGCUGUUGAAGAUGAGGAAGAUGGCCGAGCGGCAGCUUGACAUGCCCAUCCAGAAAGCUGUCAUCUCGGUGCCCGCAGAGUUUGACGAGAGACAGAGGAACUACACUAUCAGGGCCGCCAAUCUCGCUGGCCUGGAGAUCCUGCGUGUGAUCAACGAGCCCACAGCUGCAGCCAUGGCGUACGGCCUGCACAAAGUGGACGUGUUCAACGUGCUGGUGGUCGACCUCGGGGGAGGAACCCUGGAUGUUUCUCUGCUCAACAAACAGGGAGGCAUGUUCCUCACCAGAGCCAUGGCAGGAAACAACAAGCUGGGAGGUCAAGACUUCAGCCAGAGGCUGCUCCAGUACACCAUAGAGCGAGCCGAGCAGGAGUUUGGCGUCCCCCCCACCUUCAAAGAGGACAUCCACCGUCUCCGACAGGCUGUGGAAGCCGCCAAGCUCAACCUCACCCUACAGCCCAGCGCCACCAUCAGGGUGCCGCUGCACCUUCACAUUCACGAGUCAGCCGACGGCUCCGCUCCCACUCCGGUUCUCCUCCAGGCUGUGAUCACCCGCGAGCUGUUCGAGGAGCUCAACGAGGACCUUUUCCAGAAGAUCCUGGCCCCCGUUAAGACCGUGUUAGCCGAGGGCCGACUGGAGAAGGAGGAAGUGGAUGAGAUUGUUCUGGUCGGAGGCUCCACCAGGAUACCUCGGAUAAGGAGGCUGAUCAGCGAGUACUUUGGGAAGGAGCCCAACACUUCGGUAGACCCGGACCUGGCUGUGGUUACAGGUGUAGCCAUCCAGGCGGGCAUCAUGGGCGGCUCCUGGCCUUUACAAGUGAGCGCUAUAGAAAUCCCCAACAGACACCUGCGCAAGACGAACUUCAUCUAAUCCUUAUUAUUAAGGUUAUUUAUUACGAUAAAAGGAAUGCCUCAGAAACUUUCAUUGAUUUCUAACUGUUUCAUGCUUCUCUCAUGUGCGUCAUUUAACAUCUUAAGACACCGUCACCUGAAUGAAGACAUGAGGAAACUCAGGUUUUUUCAACUCAUGAUUUAUCCUUCGUGAGGCGGCGGCGGCAGAAAAAUGUGAUGAUUACGUUCUGAAACACAACAACAUUCCUCUUCGACAGAUAGAUACCAUAACAGCUGCACCUGUUUCUAUUUAUAAAUUGACGGCUGCGUUUGUUUCAGCCGUAAUAACACGGAGAGGAAAUGUGAAUAAUCGCCUCUCAUUUGUCUACUGAUCCCUUCAGCUUCACUCAUGAUGCUCAUUCAUUCCUAGUAGAUACUUUAAUGGUGUUCAAUUCAGGGAACAACCUUUUCAAAGGACUUACAGAUUAGCCAGUACAUCUUCAGCUAUUUAUUUAUUUAUUCCCGUUAACUGUGAAUGUGUUUUGCAUGUAUUUUUUUACAUCUUUCCAUCAGCGGUUGACACACAGUGUGCUUGUGCCUGUUCAGAAAGCUGCUAUAAUGUUUGAAUCGAAGUGUAGAGAUGAACCUUGGCUGGUCCAGGUCGCUGUAAGGUCUUUGCAUAAUGUUCCGAGGAGGAUUUUAUGUCCACUAGAAGUCAUUGAGACAGAGGAAGACAGCAGUGUAAAGAUGCACAAUUCAUUUCAAACAAAUUCACUGAAAUAUUAUUGACUACUCACCUCAUAAAUAAGGUGUUCUGGUGAGCUGAUAGAUGAACGUGCAUGUUGGAGAAAGCCUUAAUGUUCACACAGUACUGUAAAAUCUUAAAUCAUUAUUAGCACCACCAACACUUCCUCCCUUUGAACGACUGCAUUAUUUGUUUAAGAGGAGUUGUGCUCGGUGCUGCACUUUGAGGAUUUUCACUUGUUGGCCAACUUUGUGCAAUAGUGCGCGCUUUAUUUAAAUGCCGUUGACUAAUAUUUGUGCUGCGUAUCAGAGAUAAGCUUCUUUAGCUGCUGCAGGUAGAGAAGGUCAACUCUGGUGGUCCAACAGAAGGACCAAAUCAUUGCUUACUGGUGCCUUGUGUGUUUGAUAUCGACAAAUGUGUUACGGUCACAUUUAGGAUGUUUAAUGGAUCUGAUGCAUUUACAUUUGACAGAUUAUUAUAUUGUAUAAUAAUUGAGUGUGAAGAAAACUGGUUUCACCUGCCCUUAUUCUGGUGGACAGUAGGCUGGUUACUGCACAGCCAGUAUCUGUCUCUGGAAAACAUAAAACCAAGACUGAAGUUCAGAUGGUCCAAUAUGACCAUAAAUUCCUUAAAAAGUAUUACAACUUUUGCCAAAUGUCAUUCCUGAGUAGGUUUAUUUAUCUGAUCUUUUUCUUUUCAAAUGUUGUAUUUAUCAUGUUGGAACUGAUUAUUAUAAUAGAGCCUUUACUAAAGAUGAAGGCUAUACUGUUUGCCUUUGAUAAUGUACAAAUCUCUAUUGAAAUAGGGAGAAAAAUUAAAACAUAUGAGACUAGGAUCUAUUUUUAUAAGACAUGUUUUACUCAGUCUAGCCACCUAAAAAAUUACAUGUUAAACUGUUACAACCUGCUUUUCAGCCAAUUAAAAUUCAAUUUGUCAACUUC